AUGGCGACUACAUUGACUGACGACAAGCGUCCCCAAUUACAGCCCGUUUGCCAGAACUGCGGCACCUCGACCACCCCCCUAUGGCGUAGGGACGAACUCGGCUCUGUCCUGUGCAAUGCCUGCGGUUUGUUCCUCAAGCUGCACGGGCGGGCUCGUCCGAUAAGCCUGAAGACCGAUGUGAUUAAGAGUCGCAACCGCGUGAAGACCGGGCAGGGCCCAAAGCGCAAGUCUGGCGGCCCCGUCGACGCCAACGGUCUCACAGGACAAUCCGAUGCGGUUACACCCCCUCUUGGCUCUCAUGGCUACCGUCGCGCGUCGCGCAAGAUGUCCUCGGGCCACUCGGAUCGCUCGAAUUCCCCCUUGUCGCGAACGGAGACGCCUGGCUUUGCCGCCAUGCAUGGCCACAACUCCAACAUCGCGCCGCAGCACAUGUUCGACAGUGUCACUCGAGGGGACGGUACCUUGAGUUCGUCCGGUGGUCUUCCUUCCCUCCCACUUCGGCAACCUUCUCCAUCAGCUGUUGAUCGUCAGCUUGGGGAAUCACCCCAGACAUACGAGAGCCUCUUGGCCCUCAAUACCUCCCUCAAGACACGUGUGAGCGAACUCGACUUGAUCAAUGAGCUGUUCCGCGGUCGCGUUGCGGAGCUUGAACAGAGCGACGCUAGUGCGCGCCGAUCUGAGAUGAUCGCCCGUGACUCAGAAGCUCGCCUACGCCGAUCCCUCGAUGAGUCCCAGCGUCGCGAAGAAAACCUCAAGCGACGCGUCGAAGAACUCGAGCACCAGAUCACUACCGUCAGUUCCGGUGACGGUGACAGCUCAGAGCCCCAUGCCAAGCGCAUUCGACUGGCGGAUAUGGUGGAACAGUCUCCCGAGCAUUCGCCGUAG